UCACAAAUAACGAAAAAAACAAACACAAAAAUGGAUUCUUUUGCCCAAGAGUCGGGCAACAAAAAUGGAUAUUACUGAGACGCUCUCUCCCUUUUGUACUUGAUUGGAUUAUAGCAGGGGAAAAAGGCCUGACAGGCUGUUGUGUAGAUGUGUGUUGUGUUCCGAGUAUUUUUCUGGUCUUGCCAAACAGCAUCCAAAGAACAAAUAAACGAAAACAAGGAAAAAUUGCACAAAAUUAUUUGCUUUUGUGUGCGCGCUUGGUGUCUUGAUUUGUUCUCUGCUGUUUCGUAUUCCUCCAAUCUGCUCGGAUAAAAAAAAAAAAAAUUGUGAUGCGCAUUUUUUAUGGUCGGUCGAUUAUUAGCCGAGCGCGAGGGAAAACAUGCGACAGCUUCCCGUUUAUUUUAAUAAAUGCUCAUCUUAAAUAAUGAAUCUAAUAUCUUUCAUUUAUUUCCGUGUUUUUAUUCGGUUUGUUUUCUUCUCCCCCGCUAAACAGAGAAAAUUCGUUUCCCUUUUAUUUUGUUGUGCUUUCUCAAGACAGCGGCCAUACAUUGCAAUCUUUCCGCUUUUCAUCUUCUUUUCGCUAUUCCUCGCUAAAAAUGCGCAACAAAAACGUAAAUGUGGGCUUUUAUCUUGGUUAUCUUUUUAUUCGUCUCUAUUUAUAUCAAUCGAUCUAUCCAAUCUAUUUGCAAAUAUUUUUUUUUUUUUUUGGCUGCCACUUAUUGGGGCACAAAAUAACAUCACCUUUCCCGACCAAACAAAAAUAUGCAAAACAACCAAUAACGAUUGAUGAAUCAGAUCAGCGAUUCGUAAAAGAGGGCAAUCGAUAGAGAGGGGAAGGGGAUUUUUGGCUCGGGAAGUAUUUGAAAUGAUUCAUUUUUGUUCCCCCUUGUAACAGUUUCUAUUGAAAAAAGUUUCCCUGAUUUAUUUUGUAUUUUUAUGAAAUCUCAAACUAUCAGUGAAAACCCGUACCGAUUGCGUGAUUCAUAGUGUUACAUAAUUAGCCGCGUUUCCGGAUCCUCUUUAAGAAACUCGAGAGGGAAAGCUGCCUAACCAUUGGAUGGACGAUUCAUCAAGUCCAAACUAUGGACCACCAUUAGAAAAGUGGGGCGCUGUUUUAUUCAAAAGCAUCGUGAAAAUGGCCAACUCUUGGGGCAAAAGAAAGGAAUGUUGUUUUUUUGUUUAAAGGUAAAUGAGGACAUACAUUGUUCAUUUGAAAUUGCGACCCGGCGUGGUCGUUGUAGAAAAAGAUCUUAUUUCAUAAUAAUAUAGCUUUCUAAUGAGCUCCCAAGAAAGAACAAAAGGAUCUUUAAUAAAAAAACAGGGUAGACAUCUCCAAGCCAUUACCUGUGAACCUAGACGAAAACUUUGUAAACAAGUUUCUGUCUGGCCCACUUUUUUUGUCAAAAUUUGCUUUUCAACUCUUUAUAUAUUCAAAUGCGUUUUGAUGAAAACAGGUUACGUUAAUAUAUACAUUUAAAUUCAGAAUAAAACAAGUCAAAGUUAGGUAUGAUGUACACGCAAGAAAUAAAAAUGGAAGGAGCUGCCACUAUUUUCCACGACUGGGAUUGAAGACACGUAUAAAGUCAGCCCCCCAAAAGAUCAAUAAAGUUCAUGCACACCCUCGUUCUCUCUCUCUCUCUUUCACAGAAAAAAAAAAGGACGCCAUAGUAACUAUAUGCUACUAACCCAACAGCAGUGAGUGUGUGUAACAGACAUCUUUUUCUUAUUUGAUGUCUUGCGGAGCACUCGAAAAAAAAAGGGGGGAACGAAGUAGUACUUUUAUUCUAUACGUUGCUAGAUCUAAUUUCUUGACUCGAGCUAUAGGUUCCAGCACUUCUUACUGAGUCAGUCUAUUUCGAUCUAACGAAAAUAUAAAUAAAAAAAAGGGAAAAGAAAAUGCGCAAUAAGCGGAGAACAGGAGGCCAAUCUAUAUCCCUAAAGAAGGAACAAGAAGAAACUAAAUCACACAACAACAAAAAAUGUAACAAGGCUAUAAGUAUACUAUGUGGAAGAACUUCGGUAAUGUAUAGAAAACUUCUACUCAUUUAUAUAUAUAUAUUUUUUUAAGAAAAAAAAAAGAGAAACCGACCCGACUCAAAAGAAAACCGGCGAUGAGUGGAUCGUGUAUAGGAAAAAAAAAAAUAAAACAUACUGGACAAAGUGAGGGACUUUUUGAUUCCAUCAAAAGGAUUGUAACCUUAAAAGUCCAGCGGCUUUUUCUUCCUCCUAGAUGUCGAUACAUUUCAGCAAUUCAAAGAGGAAACAAACAGCAGUCGUUCUAACGCUUUAGAGUGCCGUGGCUUUUAAAAGACCAAACGAGAGAGAGAGAGAAAAAAAAGUACACAAACGGAAAUGGGAAGGACUAGCUCAUUGUUAUUCAUGUAGAGGGUUAAAAGCGAUCGUUAUUGGCAGGCAACACAUCAGCUAUUCCACAGCGUUGAAGUGUGUGCAUUAUGUAUAUAUCUAUCCGGUGAGUAGUAAAAAGGCAGAGAGUGAAGAAGAAAAAAAGAUGGAGCUUCAUCCCCGUACGACUCAAAUCAAUUUGAUAUCCGCUCCGUGUUUAUUAGGUAAUAUUUCCCUUCUCUGUUAUGACAUUGUUGCCAGUGUUUCGUGAAUGAAUGAAUGGCGGGAAAUAUUGAAAUCCUCUACGAGUGUGUGUCCUCCGAGAAAUUGUUGAAUCCACGUGUUUUGUUUGCACUUUUUUUUUUUUUUUUAACCCUCGUCCUAAUGCCCCUGGGCUGCGUGUUGGCAGGGACUAGCUGGUUGGUUUAUACCCAAUCCUUUGAUUCUAGCGUGAAUCCUGCGUGCUAGGAUGUGGCGCCACCGUCGAUAGUGAGCGCUGUGUCGCGCUGCUUAGACCAUCAGUAGGCGAGCAGCAUCCUUGACGGCCAGUCCGUCUGCAGCCGAUCCCCUUUUUAUUAUUAUUCUUAUUCUUCUUUCUCCCUCCUUUUCCCCUUUAUUUUGUCCAUCCCUUUCAACCCGUGUGUCUCGUCCCUCUUUCCUUCUAACGAUCUAGGUUGACGAGCAAACGAGUUUCCCAAAGCAAACGUCAAUUCAAGACAGGAACGUGAUUUUGCGCCGAAAGGAAAAUAUUAAAAAUAAAAAUUGGACCGUAGAAAUACGUCCAUUUAUUUUGUUUAUUUUAAAAAUUUAAUUUCACUCUCACCUGCCCUUUGGCUGGUGAUUCAAAAUGGCUCACCGGCAAGGAAGUAAAAAUUAUUGCAGCAGUGGGCUGACGUGUACGACGGCAGUGUUGCUGUGCUGUUGGUAUCUUGUGGUCCAGCCGGCCAGCUGCGGCAAUCCAGACGCCAAACGACUCUACGACGACCUGCUCUCCAAUUACAACAAGAUUGUCAGACCCGUCGUCAAUAACAGCGACGUUCUCACCGUCCGCAUCAAGCUCAAAUUGUCGCAGCUCAUCGACCUGAAUUUGAAGAAUCAAAUUAUGACGACCAAUCUCUGGGUGGAACAGUAUUGGUACGAUUAUAAACUUCAAUGGGAACCUUCCGAAUACGGUGAGGUGAGCAUGCUUCACGUCCCAUCCGAUCACAUUUGGAGACCGGAUAUUAGCCUCUACAACAACGCUGACGGUCACUACGAGUUGAAAUUGAACACGAAAGCCAUAGUGCACCACAACGGCCUGGUGGCGUGGCAGCCACCGGCCACCUACAAGUCGGCCUGUGACAUUGACGUUGAAUAUUUCCCGUUGGAUAUACAGACCUGUUUUCUCAAACUCGGGUCGUGGACCUACGCGGGCUACCAGGUGGAUCUUCGGCAUAUCGACGAAGUGGAAGGAUCCAAUAUCGUCGAUAUUGGCAUGGAUCUCAGCGAGUUUUACAUGUCUGUCGAGUGGGACAUUUUAGAUGUGCCAGCAGUCAGGAGUGUGAAGUUGUACACGUGCUGCGUCGAGCCCUAUUUGGAUAUCACGUUCAACAUCACGAUGCGCCGUAAAACGCUGUUCUACACGGUCAACCUCAUCAUUCCCUGUAUGGGCAUCUCCUUUCUGACUAUAUUGACAUUUUACCUGCCAUCAGAUUCUGGCGAAAAGGUCACGUUGUCCAUCUCGAUUUUGAUUAGUCUUCACGUGUUUUUCCUGCUGGUCGUCGAGAUUAUCCCGCCAACGAGUCUCGUAGUUCCUUUACUGGGCAAAUAUUUAAUUUUCGCCAUGAUCCUCGUAUCGAUCAGCAUCUGCGUGACGGUCGUGGUGUUAAACGUUCACUUUCGUUCGCCGCAAACGCAUCGAAUGGCACCCUGGGUCCGACGCGUCUUCAUUCACAUUCUGCCCAGGCUGUUGGCUAUGAGAAGACCUCAGUGUCGAAUCGAUGAGCAUUCGAAAUUCGGCCGACAUGUCGUCGUGCGGACGUGCAACGGUUCCGAAUUGCGCGAGACGAUGGGCGACAAUGGCGGCGAAUAUUUGCGCAGGGCUAAUAAUCGAAACACGUUGCCAAGUUUCACUGCCACAAGUCGUGGAGUAACGGCCGAUAAUCUCUGCCGCGUUCACGGUUAUCCGUCGCGACGCAAUUCGGUCAUGGUGCGUGAUGAUACGAUGUCUACCACCACAUUAGCUGCAGCCUCUUCAGUGAUGGGCUCGUCGAGGAUAGGCGCGCCCAGCGGCGGCAUUCCCGUUUCGGGCACGGGCGAUAACAUUCGUUACAUCGGUCCCGGUGGCAUGCAUUCGGCGAAAUGUACGACCGAUUUGCAUCGUUCGUGUUUUUGCGUGCGCUUCAUCGCCGAACAUACGCGUCUAAAAGAAGAAUCCCUCCGAGUCCGCGAGGAUUGGAAGUACGUAGCCAUGGUGCUGGAUCGGCUCUUCCUGUGGAUAUUUACUCUGGCCGUGCUGGUCGGAACGGCUGCCAUCAUUCUACAGGCGCCUUCGCUCUACGACGAUCGUGAACCCAUCGACAAGCAACUGUCUGAGAUCUUCAGCACAGUCAGGAAUCGACAUCAACAAACUAAGAAUCCUUUUUAAAAUUAAAACAAAACAACACGAGUGGUGUACCAUAAUAGUUUGUAGUUCAGCAACAACAAAUUGAAAUGGGGUGAACAAAAAUUUGAAUCGUCGCUCAGUUGUCGUUGGUUUUUUUUUCCCCCAACCAAUAUAGUAUUUAUUCUGUUGCCAAACGGAUUGCGAAAUGUGUACAUAGAUAGGCUGUUUUUUGUUUGGUUUUUUUAAAUCAACUCAUCUGUUUAAAGGGGACAUAUAAAACUGUGAAAUGGAUAGAUUGCAGUAGAUGUAAGAAAUGAGACAAGAAGAAAACAGAAAUGGGGGGGGGGAAAUGAAUGAUUUGUUUAAAUUGUUUAUAUUAUUUCUUGUUUAUGCAUCUGAUUUGUCCCCUCUUCCAUCACCAUUGGAUUUCCCCCGUUUUUUUUUUUUUUUAUAUUUUUCGAGGGGAAAGGGAUUGGUUAUGUAUAGCUCCUAUGCAAAUUAACGACCCAGACUACAGUAUUUCUGUAAAGUCCCUGGACGAUGAUAUUGAAAAUGUGUAGGGAAAAUAGUAGAGAAAAAAAAUGCAUUUUAUAUUUUAAAAAGGGAAUUGGCCAAAAGAAUAACACAAAAUGGCGCAUUAAAACAAUGGCAGUUGGUAAUAUCGUUCUAAAAAAAAAAAAAAAAAAAAGAGCCUGCUAUACUUCUACCUAUUUAUUGUUUGGAACUCAAAUAUAAUAAUUUGAAUAAAAUGUAAAACAAAAACAAAAAAUGUGUGGGGACAAAACAAAAAAAUGGGAUGUUUAUUUAUUCCGAAAUCUGCUUUAUUUUGAUGGUUGACGAUGCGAAAUGAAACGAAUAUAUUAGGGAAAACAACAAAAUGUUUCAAGUUUUAUGUACACAGUUAUUUAUAUAUGUAUAUAUAUACCAAAUACGUCGCAGACUUUGUCUUUUUUUGCUGUUUGGGGCUCUGUGUUGUUAUUGUUGAACAUGGCGAAUGCAAUUUUCUUUGUUACAUAUACACACACACACACAUACCGUGAGAAUGUUC